AAACAGAUGUUUGUAAAUAGUUCUGGACGAAAUUGACAGCUAAUAAUUUGUGUUUGUUCCCUUACAAUCUCAGUCUCUAUUUACAGAUAAAUCCUGACAUUGAUCCCGUGAAUGAAAAUGCAAGAGGGUCUGGAAGAUAUCGAUUUCUUAUGACCUUUCUGUCGUUUAGUGCAUGAUUGGUUAUGAGAUGAUUUCUUUGUUUUAUGCACAACUUGUUGCCUUUCACUAUGACAAGUGAAGAAGAGAGGGGGUUUCUGUCUGAAAAUGAGGAAGAAGACAAGGGCAGUGAUGAAGAAUUUCAAGGACCCCAUGACUGGAGGAGAAGGUUGAAGCCCGUCCAAUUCAAAUUCACAGCUGACAAAUCCAAACCUCCAUCAGCAACAACUGUUAAUAGGAGUGGUAGCACAAGACGGACAUUGGAAGAACUUCGGGAAUCGGACAAACCAAGGAGAAUCCCCUCCUGGAAAAGACAUUUGAUUGAAAAGAAAAAGAUUACAGUUAAGAGACAUGGAAGUGGAGCAGGGCAGAGUGGCACCAACAUUUAUAGGAAGAAAUCUUUCAAUAAGAAUUUGGAGUCAGCAUUCCAACAACAAGUUGUUAAUUCUGCUCAAGCCAAAAAGAAAGUAUCUCCCUCAAACUCUUUUAAACAGUCACAAGCCCUGACCAGAAACAGAAUCGCUAAAGUCCUGAGAGCUCGUCUGUAUCUGCUACAGCAGUCCGGUCCAAACUCAUUUCUGAUUGGUGGAGAUUCACCUGACCAUAAAUUCAGGGUCAUCAUAGGACCACAGAACUGUACCUGUGGCAAGGGGCCUCACUGUGUCCAUGUUUUGUUUGUUAUGCUGAGAGUUUUUCAGAUUAGAGAAAGUGAUCCUCGAUUGCUGAGCAAAGUGCUUAAAAACUAUGAGGUGGAAGCUUUGUUUAAAGAAUACCAUGACAAAAUGUCAUCCAGAAUCUCAAUGAAAAAAGAAGUAAAAGUAACCAAGACACAGAGCAGUUCUGACUUGCUGUCUCCCGACAUGACACCAGGACAGUCAGAAGUAGAUGGAGAAAGUGUUAAGGAGGAAGAUGACACCUGCCCUAUCUGUCUCCUGGAGAUGUUAGAGGGAGAGAGCCUCCUGAAAUGUGAAAAUGGCUGCCACAAUCGUCUGCAUCAUCACUGCAUUUCAGUUUGGUUUGAACUUUGCAGAAGACAGAAUGAUCCCCUUAUCUGUCCCCUGUGUAGGGCUGAUUGGAAAAGUAGUGAUAUUGAAAUUAAAGGGAAUGUUGGAGGUGAUAACCAGUUGCCAAUUGUUCCCCCAAACACAAGAGCCCCCUCCCCAGACAGAGCACUGCCAUAUACUGAAGGUGUCCCUCCUGAGAGAGACAGACUGCCAUUUGCUGAACCUAUUCCCCCAGAACACACAGCUCUAGCAGAACCAUGGAUACAGAUGUAUGGAGAAGACUUGAUGUCCUGUUUUUUCUCUCGUAACUGGUCAAUACGUGAGUCAGGGAUUCGACAUCUGAGUAGGGAGGCAGUAGGUGUGCUGAUGAAAGGCAUGGGUGAGGGGAAAAGUGGGGUGAUGUUAUCCCCAGAAAAGGCUAGUCACAUCCAUAAAUCUGUAGAAAUUUGCUGCCAGAUCCUCGCCUUUAUGUGUGGGGAUCCCGUCUACAGAGUCUAUGUUGCAUGUUUAAAAACUCUACGGACAGUUUUGUCCUAUAUUCCAUGCCGAGAGGAGAAACAGAAGUCUCGCUUGGAGGGAAUCCUAAAACCUAUUGUGGAUGCCAUAAUAAUCAAAUGUACUGAUGGCAAUAGAAGAACUAGUCAAUUGUCUUUGUCUACACUCGUGGAACUUGCCAAAGGAAGUGAGGGAGAGCUUUGUGUUGGCAGUCAGGUUUCAGGGGCUCAAAGUUUCAACAGCCUGGAUUAUGUGAUAAGAUGUGCUACAGAAGAUUUUGACCCUGAGACAGUUUCAUGGCAAUGGCUUCUCGGAAGACUGUAUUUAUUGGAGAGAUUUUUUGAGGAGUUUCAAAAUGAAUUAUCUCCAAGGAAUCCCCCAGAGGGAAAAUCAGGUGAUGAGGAAUCUUUGCUCGGAGCCAAGCCUUCUGAUGGGGGUGCUAUGACCUCACCAGAGAGGUUGCUUACUAUCGCACGUUUUGCUGUAAAACUAGUCAAAAAUUCCCAUCUCAAAGUUAGUCGCAUGGCAAGGAGGGUUUUCUUGCUGGUGGUUAAAUUUUCCAUUCACUUAGAGUCUAUGAUGGAGGAUUUGCAGGAAAUGCUAUCUGUUCUGGAUGCAACAUCAGUUAAAUCACUGAAGAAAAGAAUGUCACGAAUUGCUGAUGAUUUUAAUCUGUCUGAGAAACUGGUUCAUGAAUUGCAUCAUGGUAUAACAAACAAAAAAAUUCCUCAAGAUGAGACUCCUGAGAAUUCCCCUCACUCUUCACCUGAGUCUACACCCAGAUGUAACUCCCCAGUAUCAGCAUCUCCAGAUCAUCUGAGUGAAGCAAGUAGCACCAGCAAAGGAAAAUCUGUUCCUCUUGUCCCUCCUAAUACACCCAUUAGGGCUCGCAGGGAGUGCAAGUACGAUUCUAAAAAUGAUGAGAGCAUUAAUGGUGAGAUAACAGAGGAAGGAACUCUGACUGUAACAGAAAAGUUUCUGGAAUGUAUUGAGCCUGCAAAACUAGUCUUAACACCCAGAGAAUCACAAGAAGGUGUGAGGAAAAGUCCUUCUCCAAAAGAUCCAACUCCCCCACCUAAAACACCUCCCCCUAUUCCACCUCGACCUCUCUCAAGGAAAGGCAGUUACGAGAUUUUACAGGUUGGGCCAAUCUUGUCUCCACCCACCCUUCCACCACAUGUGGCUGCUCUGCCACCUCCCCCUGAUGUGGUGAAAUGUGCCAGCGAGUCUGCAGAGAGAAAUAAACUAUCCCUGCCUCUGCCGUGCACAACAGAUGAUAAGCCCUUCGUGUUGUGUGAUUGUGAGAACAAAGAGGGCUGUAAACACAGGCCUCUGCCUUCUUCUCAUUCCAUUGAUCUACCAAAGAAAUCCCCUUUAUCACUCGAUCUACCAAAGAAAGAACCCUCCCCACCACCACUGGAAUCUCAUGAUUUAGAGGCUCAUGGCAGUGCCAGCUUCUCUUCAGAUGAGCGGACCCUGUCAUCAGAUGACUCGCUGGACAGAGUUUGCAGACGUAAAGUGCGACAUCUUGGACAUUUCCCCACAGCAGAACAAGGAGCAACAUCAAGUGAUGAAAUUCUGGAUGUUAGACCCAGAGGUCGAACUCGUCUUGAACAUUCAGUUUCAUUCAAAUCAGAAGUGGCAUCUCCAAAGGAGCCAGUGAUGAAUUUUCUUAAACAAAAAGAGGAGGAUGAAUGUCCAUGUAAAGAGGAGGUAGAGAGGGAAGAGGCUCUGGCCCUGGCAAAGGCUAUGGAGGUGUCGGCACUUGAUCCUCCCAAACCUUUUGUUCCUGGCCUCACCCCAACAGAUAGGGAGGAAGUUAUCACUAUCCGGAUACAACCAGAGAAUGGUGAACGUCACCCGGAUUCAAAGGGAAAUGGUCCCUCACUUUACCUUGAGGGCGUCCACUGGAUGAAGGGGCCUCUUUUGGGGACUGGGGCCUACAGCACAUGUUACCAAGCUAAGGAUGUCAAGACAGGAGUCCUAAUGGCUGUCAAACAGGUGUCUUUUUGCCGCAAUUCUCGAUCUGAGCAGGAAAGUGUUGUUGAAACCAUAACAGAAGAAAUUAUAAUGAUGACUAAACUGAACCACCCUAAUGUUGUCAGAAUCAUGGGAGCUACCCGCCAUGGCUGCCACUUCAAUAUGUUUGUGGAAUGGAUGCCUGGUGGGUCUAUCUCUUAUCUCCUGGGAAUGUAUGGUGCAUUCUCUGAGAAUGUCAUCACCAGCUACACCCUCCAGAUCCUUAGAGGCCUGGCCUAUCUCCAUGAAAACCAUGUUCUCCACAGGGAUCUUAAAGGUGCUAAUUUACUGGUGGACAGCACUGGUCAAAGAUUAAGAAUUGGCGACUUUGGGGCAGCUGCUAGAUUGGCCUCUCAGGCUACAGGGGCAGGAGAAUUCCAGGGUCAGCUGCUGGGAACCAUAGCUUUCAUGGCUCCAGAGGUUCUGCGAGGUGAGAAUUAUGGAAGAGCCUGUGAUGUUUGGAGUGUUGGCUGUGUUAUCAUUGAGAUGUGUACUACCAGACCACCCUGGAAUGCCAAAGAUAUUUCUAACCAUCUGGCUCUCAUUUUUAAGAUUGCCACAUCAAUGCAGCCCCCUCCAAUCCCUGAGAACCUGUCUCCCCCUAUUAGGGACAUCCUUCUUCGAUGUCUGGAACAGCAGAAGACAGAGCGACCUACAGCAAAGGAACUCUUGGUCCACCCCCUCUUCACUCAGUACAUGACCAGCACCAGCAGUAAAUGCUGAAAUGUUCAAAUAGUCUGAGCAAGGCAGCCUUGAUUUUUUAAACAUGAAUUAUGUCUACAUAACAGAGUUAUGAAUACAAACAGCAAAAAUAAGGGAAUUCGAAGCAUGUAUUUAAAUUUCUUCAUGCAUUUAUUGGUGCGUGGUAUAAUAGCCAUGUAGAUACAUGUAUAUCUUCACAUUCCUCUCACCUCAACCAUUAGCUCAAGUAUCUGUCUUUCUGCAUUUAUCAAUUUUUCAUAUUAGGGGAGUUUUAUUCCCAUGUUUUCAUAACUACUGUAAAACAACGAAACAUUUUGGUGUCAGAUAUCUUUGGGGAGAAUUUGUCAAUUCUUUGUCAAAUGAUAACUGGAUUCGGCCAUGUUCGUGUAUUUUUUAUGCAGAGUGUAUUUAAAUGUAGAUUUUUGCUAAAUCUUGCCAUAAUGAUAUAGUGCACUUUAAAUAUUCAUAGCAUUAUUUUUCAUUUUAUUUAUUCUCUAAAAAGGACUUUUAAAGUCAUACUACCAGCACAGUUAGUCAGUCAGGAAUAUGAAUACAUGGAUUUCGUCAAACAUUAAUAAUGUGUACAUUCAGAAAUAUAUUAUUCUCUGAUGAUCUUUGCAGUAUUAUUCUCUCUAGUAUUACUUAGUGCCAACACCCAACUUUUUCAUAAAUUUGCACAAAAAAACUUGUUUCAAAUUCAAACAUGUUGCAUUUAUUUCUGUCUUUGUCUGCAUGUGUUUCAAUUAGGUUAGAUGUAGAAUGAAUGCUGCAUUUUCCUUUUGUUCUUUGGGGUGUUUUUAAAGUUUUAUCUUUGGUGUGUUAUUCAAAGUGCUUUUUUUUCUUACUUAUGUAUAUAACAUUUGAAUGUUUUUCUUGGUCUGUUUUAGUCCGCAUCUGUUAGCCCUCUAUGGAUGGGGUGUCACCUUGAUUUACUGUAGAUGCCAAAAGUCUCAAUAUGAUAUUAUUUAUUUAGUAGUUACAUGUUUUCUUUUAGCUUUCUACCCAUUUAAUAGCCUGCAUUUAAUGUUGAAUCUGUGUUUAGCUUUAUAUCUAUCCAAAUAUCACUCGGUACCUAUGUACUUCCAAAGCAGAGAUGUGUUGCUACAAAAGAUUUGCAUUUUUUUUUUGUCUUUGUAUCAUUGUUAUUAUUUACUUUGGCAUGAAAAAAAAGACAUUGCAUGUUGCUUCUGUAACAAAAUUUAUGCUUUAAGUUGACUCUCUCCAUUGCGAGGACCCAGAGCUGGUUCCACAUAAUAAAUUUGGCCUCAUGAAAUAGAUUCAUGAGCAACAAUUUAAAUUUAAUGGUGCUAAUUUUGUUUGCAUAUUAUGAUAUAAAUUCAUACAAAUCUGCAAUAAAAUCAGAGCAUAAUACAUCACUACAAAUCUUUUUUUUACAGUAUUGUAUAAAGGACCUAAUAUUGGCACUUUUUUUUUUUUACACUGCGACUUAAGAAUACAUGUAUUCUCAAAAUAUUGUCACUGUAGGACCACCAGGCAAGGGGAAGAGGUUAUCUCCCUGCACAUUUUGUAAUAUUUAUGCAUAAUGAAUCUCCUGUUAUAAUAAUGAUAUUGCUCAUACAUAAAAUACUACUAAAACGUUAUUGCUCAUUGGGGUCUCCUUUUGUAGCUAAAAAUGUAUUUUGCCUUGUUACAUUUUUUUGUGCUUGCUUUAAGUGUGUAACAGGAAAGGAUAAAAUGUUACAUUUUCUUCUAUCUGUAAAUAGAUGUAACUUUUUUUUUUUAGCAAUAGUGAUUUUGUAAUAGUGUCAUGCUGAUAUAGUGAUUCUUACUCUGUGCUUUCUCUGUCUCUUUCCAUAGCCGGUGCUUAAUGCUUUAGAAUGUUGAAAAGGAAAAGAAAACAUAUUCCAAUAAAAAAAAAUGAAUUGUCUACCUCUCACUGUUAAAACAUUUGAAAUAUGCACAUAUGAAUGAAAGCCAGUAUUGUUUUUAAAAAUAAAAUGAAAAAAUGUAUUGUUUUUAUACCUAAAUCGAAAUUUCAAAACAAUGGCUACAAAGUGCCUUUAUAAUAAUGGCUUCUGUUGAUAUUUUUGGAGACAGUAUUUUAAUAUUGUGAUAACAGGGUUGUGAUUUGUGUACAUAUCACCUGUGUCAUCAGUGACUUAAACUUUGUUUGGCUCACAAAUCUAGCUCAAAUAUUGAAAUGGCUAUGGAUUUGUUUGGGUUUUUUUUUUCAUUCUUGGUUAAAACUUAAUUAAAUGGAAAUUUUGUACUUAAUUUAUAUCUUUUCUUUCCAAUUUUCUUAUCACUUAGUUAUGAAUUACAGUAAAAUGAAAAAAAAAAUGUAUAUGUUUAUAGUUGAUAGUGUAAACUUUAUUAGACAUACUAAAAUGUUUGAGAUACAUGUAAAUGUAUUUUCAUUACAUAUUUCAAACAAUGUGUAUUUGUGUACUUUAGCAAGCCAAACACAUAUUGGAUUUUGAGUUAUUGAAACCAGCAUAUUGAUUUCACACAAAAAAAUUUCUACCUGGAACACACUAUAAUUGUGUAUUUAUAUAAGGGAAAAAAUUAACAAUUUUUAUUCAUUUAACAGUAAACUAGUUUUAAAUACACUAUACCUUCCAAAAUAAUACUUGUCUGUGUUUAGAUAUGUAUAUAUUUUAUAUAUGUGUACAUAGAGUGUAUGUUUUUGUAUACAGUGUGUUGAAUUUAUAUGAAUGUACUUCUUGUAGUAUCUACAAAUAAAUCGAUUUUUUUCUUCUAGAAAAUAAUAAUACACAUAAACAAAGGAAUUACCAAAGGUAUAUUCAUUUUCAUUUAUGUCAUAAUUUUGGCUGAAUUUUAUAUUAUGCCCUUGUUACAAAGGAGAUAUCUUGGAUUAUUUUAGCAAUAUGGAUACUAGUCAUUUUAAUAUAAUUUUUGUUUUGUUACUCAAUAUCUUGUUACUUGUUAACUAUUUAUAGAUGAAGAUAUAGGAUUUUUUAAGUUGUCAUGUGACCAAAAAAAAAAGUGAUGAAUUUGAAAUGAAAAAACUACAAAGCCUCUCAUAUUUCAGACAAUAUUACAUCAAGAAUUAAUUGUAAAAAAGGGACAGGGUGUCUGUUUAUGUCAAGUAAGACACUUCUUGAAACUACAGAGACAUAUUAUCACAACUUCUCUUUAAAAACAAUAGUUUAAAUUAAGGUAUUUUUUUGGAAGAAGAACUGUGACAUUCCAGAAAAUUUUCUUCAUUUUAUUGUGUAACGGUAUUUUGUAGUUCUUUAUUUAUAGCAUUUGUCUGUUUGCUGUUUUUUAAGUACAUUGUAUUAAAAUUGCAGUCAGCUUUUCUGUUUUUAGGGGUAACUGACGUUGAUGUCAUAUCAAUGAAUUCUAUUCUUUUAAAAUACAAGUAUUUCUUUUAGAAACAUGCAUAUCCAAAUAUAUCAAAGAAAUAGACCUUAUCAUGAAUUAAAAUAUUUAGAUAUCCUUAUUUUUUCAUCUUUUUACAUCUUUUUAUAGAAUAGACAACGCUGUAUGUCCAAAGUAAAGUAGAAAUUUUGAUAACCUGACAGGUACAAUUUUUUUUUAUAUAAAUCUAUAGUUUAAAGGUCAUAUGAUAAAGGAGGAGGUCAACUUUUUUGUCUUGGUGUUGUUGUCAUGGUGAUAAUGUCAAUAUUUUAUGUUUUACUGUAGUAUGCUUUGGACAGUUUUCUGUUUUCAUUUUUAAGUGCUAAUUUCUGAAUAAAAUUCUCUUAGUAUGCA